AUAUAUAUAUUAUUAUAUAUCCAAAAGAUAACUAGAAGUUUGUUGUAUCAAAAAUAUUAUCUUAUACUUUGUAAGUGUCAAAAGGUCUUAACUGUGUGCCUGUAUAUAACCACACGGUUUUGAUAAUUUUUUUUUCAACCCUUUUGAAAGACAUAGAGAUUGAUUUGAUAUAUAGUGAAUUACAUUAUAUCAAACAGUUAAUAAGCACACACUCUAUAGACCAUGUCAGACGUCACUCAUACCCCAUCGGCCAUACGAUCAUUUCUAACCAAAUACAAUUUCAAAUUAGGUGAAGCAAGUGAUGCAUACAUCCAAAGAAGAAAACAACAAAUGGUACUUUUCAUGACGGCAUCAGCCAUAACUAUCUUUGCGUCAAGAUUCGCCUAUAAAUCAACCAUAACAAGACAAUACGUGCCUACUUUAUUCCAAGGUAAUCAUCAUCCUCCCACAAGUUAUAAUUUCACCCAUGAUGCCGCUGUGGCAGUUGGGACCGGGACAUUAUUAUGUGGAUCAGUAAGUUCGAUGAUUAUCUUUGGAUCAGCUUGGAUUAUUGAUGUGAGUAAUUUAAAAGAAUUCAAUUGGAGGAUGAAAUUGUUAUUGGGUGGUCAUCAAAAGGAAGUUGAGUUAAGUAAAUUACCUUUGGAUGAAGAAAGUGCUUAUAUCCAAGAUAGUUUGAAUGAUAUCUUGGAAGGUAAAUAUGAUGAAGUUGAUGAACAGUCAUCAUGAUCAUAAUGUGAUAUGACUUCUUGUUUCUACUUAGUAUAUAUUUCAUAGGAAAACCUUGUCUUGUAUAUAGUUUAUCGGUUAAUUGAAUAUAUUUCAUCUUGUACAUUUUUCAAACUCCCGUAUCCGUAGUCUAUUACGGUAUUAACAAAAUACAAUGAAGCAGCCACACACCGUCUUCUAACAUACAUGCGGGCUUUGACUCGGCGCAUAGAAUACCCUAAAUUGAUCAUAUCAUGGAUUUACUCCACUUAUAAGCUCCAUUUAAGCAAUAGCUGAAAAAUAAUAAUUUAUGACCGAAUGGCAGAAUUAGGA